UUUACUAUUCACAGCGUGAAAAGCAAUCACUUUAAUUUAAAACUGCCUUAUCUUUUCUAUAGUAAAAUGGUGUUAAUUAAAAAGCGUAAGCGAGGAAACAAUAUUAAAACUGGAAAUGCUGGUCAUGCAAAAAAGAAGAAAAAUUCGGAAGAAACUGACUCUGAUGAAAUCUCAAGUGAAUCUGAACUGGAAGAUAAUGAUUUGAAGCCUGAGUUACCGAUAACAGAUUCUGAAGAUGAAAAUGAAACCGCUCAAGAGAAAAAGAUGCGGCUUACAAAGAAAUACCUUGAUGAGCUGCGGACUCUUCAGGAGCAGCGGGAGGAUGGAGUGGAUGCAGUUGGAACAAAACUAGAGGAGGAAGUCCUUGAUAAAGCUGGAAGAUUACAACGAAAAGUUGCCGAUAAAUUUGCGACACCAACCAGUGACGAUAUCUCAGUUUUAAAAGGCCAUCGCUUAACUGUUACCUGCAUGGCAGUUUCACAAAAUGGGGAUAUGGUUUUCACUGGGUCAAAAGACUGUUCAAUAAUUAAGUGGGGUCUCAGUACCAAAAAGAAGCUUGCAACAAUUCAAGGUGGAAAGAAACUAAAAUCCACCAGCAAACACCAUACAGGGCAUGUGCUGUGUCUGGCACUAACAAGUGAUGGUACCUACCUUGCAUCUGGUAGUAUAGAUAAACUUAUACUUAUCUGGAGUCCUGAAACAUGCAGUCACAUCCAUACAUUCGCAGGACACCGUGAUGGUGUACUUGGCUUGGCUUUUCGAACCAAUUCCCACCAAUUAUUCAGCUCAUCUCAAGAUCGAACAGUUAAAGUUUGGGACCUUGACACUAUGGGUUACGUUGAGACCUUAUAUGGACACCAGGACAGCGUUACUGCAUGUGACAGCCUCAUUAGAGAAAGAUGUGUAACUGCUGGUGGGAGAGAUGGCACGAUCAGAGUUUGGAAAAUUGUGGAAGAAUCUCAGUUGGUGUACCAUGGGCACACUGGCUCUGUGGAUUGCGUCAAGUUUAUAAAUGAAGAACACAUGAUAUCAGGAUCUGAUGAUGGAUCUAUAUGUCUUUGGGGAAGCAUGAAAAAGCGACCGCUAUUCACGAUAAAAAACGCACACAAUUUAGCCGAUUCCAGCAGACAAACGUGGAUCACUGCAGUUUGUUCAAUGAGGAAUUCUGAUCUUGUUGCUACAGGUUCUUCUGAUGGAUAUAUUAGACUGUGGAAAUGCGGGGACAGGAGUCUCUCACCUCUGUUUACUGUUCCUGUGUUAGGAUUUGUAAACGAUUUAAAUUUUGUAAAUAACGACACCCUUAUUGCUGCUGUUGGGCAGGAGCAUAAGUUGGGAAGAUGGUGGAAAUUGAAAGAAAGUAAAAAUGUAGUCAUGGUGAUAAAGCUGCCAGCUGUAAAAACUUGAACUAAUAAAGUGUGAAUUUUCAUGCUGAAUCAUUAUUCCAAAUGUGAUUUGUUUUUUCGAAUACCAUAUAAGAAUACUAUUCUGACAGUA